GCUUCAUUACUUGCAGAAUUUUGAGCACUUUUACGGGCAUUUGCAGUCAGCUUGAGGUUUCCUGCUACGUCACAAGCUUUCCAGAACUCACUCAGUAUAAAGAGCCAGGGGGGGAUACCUCCACAGUUAUUACAUGACACAAUGAUUAUCACACUUAUUAGAAUCUUUAUAUAUAUCCCACUGGGAUUGGCUCUGGAUGUGUCUCAGCCGUAUCGUGUGGUUGGGAACGAGAGAGAAGUCCCUCUCCGCUGCUCCUUCAGUUCAAGGUUAAAGCCAGAGGAAAUGCAGGUGUCUCUCUACAGAGGUUCGCACGGCCGUGAGAAGAUCUGCAGCGCUUAUGUCAACCUCUCCGAGCCCUACUUCACAACAGUUGGCACCUUUAACUGCAGCGGGAAAAUUAGCUCUAAAAGAGUGGACAUGAUGAUCUCUGGACUGCGAGGGAACGACACAGACAUCUAUCGCUGUGAGAUCGAGAUCAUCUUCCCACCUCCGUAUCUCAGAAAGAUUGGAAACGGCACUAUUGUUUACAUACAAGAAACCCCAAUCUGCUCCAAUGCAUCCACCCAGAGCCAGAUUCAAGGCCAGAACCAGGCCUUAGAGCGGGAAAAUGACAAAUAUAUUAAUAUAGGCCCACUUCCCCUGCUAUAUGCCAUCCUAAUCGUCGCUUCCUGCAGUUUUAUUCUACAGAUGAUCACCUGCAAAUGGAGGGCCUCUGUAUCGACGGCACCUAUGCUUUCACAAAAAGAACGCUAUAUGAAAUUCUAAGGGGGUAAUAUCUCCGUUUGCAUGUGCUCACAUGCAUUCUUACCUGCAUGUACUUGCAUGUCAUUUUCUUCUGCAUGUAUUUUCAUGUAAAAUUAACCUGCAUGUUUUGACAUGUACUCAAAGUGUUUUCCAUUUGCAUGUACUCACAUGAAUUCUCACUUGCAUGUAUUAACAUGUAUUUACAUAAUAUUUGACCACUGUCUUUAUUAUUUCAUUUUCUUUGAAGUUUAU